AUGUUCAGGAUAAGAGUGGGCGUCGUCGGAAGUUCUUCAUUGACUUCUGCUCUUGAUCCCAUGGAUUUCCAUGAUACGUCCAAUAGCAUAGAAGAGCACCAUAGAACCAUGUUCAAUCAGCAAAGCGAGUGCAAUGGCAAUGGCGAUGGCUGGGAACGAAGGAUUCCUCUCCGCAUUGGUGGAGACGAAAUAAGUGGCAGGCGGCAAGAAUGGCCUGGUCAAAGCCACUUUGUAGCUGAUGGUUUCGCUUCUUCUUGGAUGGAUAACCUGUUUCUCUUGGAACGCAAUAGUUUAGAGAGGCCGGACGAUCUAACCCCAAACUGUCAUCGAAGUGGCGGCGAAGCGAAGAGGAAAAGGGAAUCGUUAGACCUGACCGAUGUUGAGAGAGACAAAGAGUUCCUCUUGCAGGACAAUAUUUUCGAGGCGCUAAACGACCUAGCCCCAGACUUCCAUCGAAGUGGAAGUUUAGAAGAGGAGAACCAUCGCGGCAAAGGGAAGAGGCAAAGGCUAGCGCUGCACUCCGACUUGACCGAUGUUGAGAGAACACCACACAAACAAAGAGAAAGAAUUGUUGCCAAAGACAGCCCCGCCAAUACCCCACUAAGCGCGGAAUGCAGUCAGAACAACGACGUGGCGAACUAUCGAAAGCAGUAUCCCAAUCUCAUGUUCUCGCCCUUUUCAAUAAAAAGAUGGGGCCAUGAAUCAGGGUCUUGGUCACCUUGCCAUCUCAUCAAUCUCGUCAAAGAACCCACACUCUUGACAAUGACAUCAUUCCCGUUUCGAAUCAUUUUUGCCAAUGACGCUUUCUUGCGUCUGAGACGGAAUGACAACAAUUUCAUUGGUGUUUCGCUCUUUGACUGCUUCGUUUCUGAUGAGUUGGAGAACAAAGCACACGACCUCUGUCGGGCACAGCCUUUCCUGGCUUCUUUGUCACAACUCUCUCGGGCAAAGUCUUUCCUGGCUUCGCUGUUAGAUGAUGCUGGAUGUUUGAUGCGGAUGGUAGCAGCAGAAGAUAGUGAGACUGUCACGACACUUCCCUGCGUCGUCAACGCAUAUCCUGUUGUCUCGAAUGGAAAAGGACGAGCUGAAGACAUCUCUUAUUAUGCAAUGUGUUUCGAUGAUAUCCAACACGAUAGAGUUGAGAUCUCUCGCCAAGGCUGA